CUGGUUCAUGGGAAUAUCGUGAGGUCAAAAUGGACUUUAAAAUGGGUAUCACGGCUUGGGGGACGUACGGCAAAAUGCUGGUUCGUAGGGACAGUGUGAGGUUGAAAUGGACUUCGAAAUGGGCUAUACGGGCUUGA